UCACAAUUGUCGGUGGCUCUCAGAACAAAGGUAUAUACUUUGUAGCACUUUGUGUAAGAACAAAGAAGAAGAAUAACGCUUAUAAAUAAAUAAUAAUAAAUAAAAUCUCAAUGCUUUGUAGUACUUCAACAACAACUCGCAUCCGAUUCAUUUCAACUACAAAACGUCUUUUAACUGCUCCUCUUUCUUCCUUACUUCGCUUCUUCUCAAUCUCUACUACUCUUCCAAACAAACCUAUAAUACAUAAACCACUUUUUACAACUCUAACCCCUUCUUUGUAUUUCACUUUAAGAAGAACAGAUCACACCAUGGCAUCUGCAUCAAACCCUCAAUCAAUUCAUGAUUUCACUGUUAAGGAUGCUAAGGGUAACGAUGUUAAUCUCGGUGACUACAAAGGAAAGGUCCUUAUCAUUGUCAAUGUUGCCUCACAAUGUGGAUUGACUAACUCAAAUUACACAGAGCUGAGUCAGUUGUAUGAGAAAUACAAAUCAAAAGGUUUGGAAAUUCUGGCAUUCCCUUGUAAUCAAUUUGGGGCACAAGAGCCUGGAUCUGUUGAAGAGAUACAAAACUUUGUGUGUACACGCUUCAAGGCUGAGUUUCCUGUUUUUGACAAGGUUGAUGUGAAUGGUGCCACUGCUGCUCCAAUCUACAAGUAUCUGAAGUCGAGCAAAGGUGGACUCUUUGGGGAUGGUAUCAAAUGGAACUUCUCCAAGUUCCUUGUUGAUAAAAAUGGGAAUGUUGUUGAUCGUUAUGCACCAACGACUUCUCCACUGAGCAUUGAGAAGGACUUGCUGAAGUUGCUUGAUGCAUAAGUUAUGAAUGAUGGGAACAUGGAAUAAAUGUAUAUGAACGAUAAGAAUUUUACUAUUUCCUAUGUUAAUAAAGGAAUGUAUUGCAGAUGUUGGUGCAGUUUCCUCCAUUUCGUUGUAUACUUACCCAAACAGUUGUUUUGUAUCUCGGAUGAUCUUGGUUCAUCUUCAUGAGAUUGUGUACUUGACUUGUUACUUCUGUAUGAAUGUAAAUGAUUACAUAAGCUUCGUUUAGCCAUACACUGA